AUGCCCAGCAAGACCAGAGUCUACAACUGGUUCAUUGCCAUGGUAGCUGCGUCUUGUAUGACGCUCUACGGCUUUGACUCCAGUGUCUUCAACGCUCUCCAGGCCUCGGAGAACUGGCUGAACUGGUUCAAUCUUGACCUCAAGAAUGACAGUUACACUGUCGGUCUCAUCAACACAUGCUACACUAUCGGUGCUAUCGUUAGUGGUUUCUUCAUCGGUGGCCCCUUGGCUGAUUGGCUUGGUCGACGUGCCGGUAUGGGUAUUGGUUGCUUCAUCACCAUCAUCGCCGCCAUCAUCCAGGCUUUUGCUCCCAAGGGAAAGCUUGGUGUCUUCAUUCUCGGCCGUGUCCUCAUCGGUAUUGGCCAGGGUACCGCUCUCACUGCUGGCCCUGUUUACAUCGGUGAGGUUGCCCCCGCUGAGAUUCGAGGUCAGGUCAUGACCUUCUGGCAACUCUUCUACUCGGUCGGUGCCUUUAUUGCCUACUGGAUCAACUUCGCUUGCGGCAAGAACCGAGAGAAGCUCGGCGAGUGGGAUUGGCGCAUGGUUGUUAUCUUCCAGGUCAUGGUCCCCAUCUUUGUCAUCAUCCUGCUCCCAUUCCAGCCAGAGUCUCCCCGUUUCCUUAUCAAGAAGGGAAAGAUCGACGAUGCCCGCUCCGCCCUUCGAAGUAUCCGUGACACUGAGGAGGAGGUUGAGGACGAGGUCCUGGCUAUCCAGGCUGCUAUCGAGUACGAGAAGGAGGCCAUCAGCCCUGGAUACCGUGCCCUUUUCAAGGAUCCCUCUAUCAGGAAGCGCUUCGGUAUUGCAGUUGUCCUCAACGUCGGCCAGCAGCUCACCGGCCAGGGUACCCUCAACACCUACUCCACUUCCAUUUACAAGCAAGUCUGGACUUCGACUGAAAAGAUCAACCUCAUCAACGCUUUGUGGGCCACCAUGGGUAUUCUAUUCACAUUGAACGCUGUAUGGACCGCGGAUCGCUUUGGUCGCCGAUGGCUCUUCAUGGUCGGUGCCGCGGGUAUGGCUGUCUGCAUGUUGAUUGUUCCCGUCAUUGGUCUCGCUACUCCCACCCCCAAGACCGAGCCCACUGCUAUUGGCAUUGUUGUCAUGCUCUACCUCUUCAUCUUCUUCUAUAAGCCUUCAUGGGGUGCCGGUGUGUGGAUGUGGACCAGUGAAGUCUUCUCCGCCAACGUCCGAACCCAGGCCGUCGGUAUGGCCUCUCAAUGCCAGAAUGUGGCCAACACCAUUUUCCAACAGUUCUUCCCAACAUUCCUCGCCAAGACCGGCCUCAAGUGCCUCUUCUUCUUCUUUGCCAUCAACAUCCUGCUCUGCGUUUUUGUGUUCUUCUUUGUCCCCGAAACCAAGGGUAUCUCUCUUGAGCACAUGGAUACUGUUUUCGGUGGUGCCGAUCACACUGAGAAGGGUGCCCAGAUGCUCGGCGUUGACACUGCUCAGCAUCAGACCCAGGAGUUCAAGGACGGGGCUGAGAUUCAGCAGAGCGAGAAGAAGCGGGAGUCUGUUUAA